AUGGAAAACAUUUCAAUCUUUGAUCAAGCCAGAGCUUCAGGUGACCAAAGUAUGGGAAAUUUCCAAAAUUAUUGUAAUGCUCCAGCUCAGGAGAAUAACCUUUUGACAUUGAGUCAAAUUUCAUCCAAGGCAUCUGAGAUACCCUUCCAAAACACGAUAUAUCAAUCUAUAUUCAACGGCAAGCAAUCAGAUGUCAAAAAAGGCCUCAAUAUGCAAGAAAAUAAACCUCCCAAAGAUGGAAAUCCCAAUGAAAAAAUAAAAAAUGUUUCACCAAAAAGAUCAAAAAAGGGAGAGCAAAGACAAAGCUUGGCAACCCCUUGUCUUGAGACUGAGCCAGAGAAAAAUGGAAUUGAAGAGACAAAUUUAACACAAGAUUAUUAUUUCUCAGGUAGAAACAGCAGAACUAUACCAAAUACUCUGUUGAGAAAAACCAGUGAGCAGAAAUCUGUGAAGGGAAAUCAUUUGGUUUCAAAAGAAGACCUCACUCCUGCAGACAGGAAAGCAGCAUUACUAGCAAAGGGAAAAUGGAAGGCCCAGGAUGCUACAUUUGGAAAGAAGAACAGAUACUCAAAAGCCAAUCAAUCUCAUGUAGAAUUAAAUAUGGCCAAAGAGAUCCCACAGAAUUCCAAGCCAAAUGUAGGCAUUUUGCCUAAUCAGAAGGAACAACCCUCAGAGUUGAAUAUUGGAGCCCCAUUCCAGAAAUCAGAAAGGGAAGGAAUCCAGACUGGACUCAAUAACAUUUACCAGAAACAAGAGAUUGAAAGCAAUGAAGGUCGAACGCUCUAA